AUGCGCGGCUGUACAUUCUUAGUCUCUCUUCAUUUGUUUGUUGCAGCCUAUUGCGCGACGCUGAAAUCUCAGAUACCACAUUCGAAAUUUCGAAGGAAAACGAGUCUUGGGAUUAUCGCAGGUGCCCAAGGAGAAGGCAGCCCGUUCAUAUGCAACGAAACACAGGUUGCUUUCAUCCAAAAUGCUAUCAAAUGGAUGAAAUACUACGCUGAGUCGGCGUCUGACUUUCUUGUUGAAGACGACGCCGAGAGAACAGCCGCAUUUCUUGGAUGGUUUGGCUAUGGUAAUCGAGAACUGGUGUUGGAUAUGAGUUGGAGCAUUUUCGAGUCUAUUCGCGCAUUGGGUUCUGAAAAGACUACCUACGUGUCCUCACUUCGAGAGCGAGAUGUCGUUAUACCCAUCGGAUGCGGAACACAUCAAUCUUCCCGCCUAUGCAGAACCGAACCUCGUACUCUGGCCUUUGCACGGCCAAAGGACAACAGUGUUGUUAUUUGCCCUACAGCUUUCUCCAAUGAGGGAUACUAUGGAACAGAUGAAGGGGAACAAGCCGCGCAAUCAGCAUGGACGCGCAAUCGAGUUGUGCAACCUUCUGCAGGACUCUCCCUCCUGCAUGAGAUGACACACCUACCUGGUGUGGUAGGAGGUUUUCAACAUUGGAAGUCGGCUACUUAUGAUGGUUCUCUUGAUUACGAUUAUGCGCCAUCUAAUUGUAUCACCCUAUCUGAUAUUGAGAAGCUCAACAACGCACAAAACUACGCUUUUUUUGCAUUGGAUAUUACAGCGAACCAUGAACAUGCAAUCUGUAAAAUUGAUAAGGAUGCACCAGAUAAAGAGGGAGAUGCAAUUUGGUGGUUGAAAGAAGGAGCUGGUGGUCGGGGAGAAACUCCAUGA